GAAAAAACUCGCUUUGAUUAGUCAGCGUUACCAAACAAGAACGAUAUGCCUUCUCUAGUACUACCCCACAGUUAUAAGUCAAACUAAAGAGCGCCAAGGACUGUAUCUGUAAUUGAAGCAAUUGCGUCAAACUAAAGAGCGCCAAGGACUGUAUCUGUAAUUGGAGUAAUUGUCAAGAAAGAAAAUGCUCUCCUCAACGUCGCCCGUCGCAAUCGCUUUCUCUUCCUGCACUGAAAGUGUGCCACACACAGCACGAGCAUGGAGCUGGACGAGUGUCGCAGGAAACACCAACUGCAACAAAUGGUCUUCGUAUUUAGUCAGUAGUUUUAUGGUGCAACCCACGAUGCAUCCUCCGACUGACGAUUUCGAAGGUGAUCGAAUCCGGCACAACCUCGAAAAAAGCUUCAUCAAAGACCCAGAGCCAGAAGGUAGCGGAGCAGAUCCUAAGGAAAAGCAAGGCGGAGAUUGUCACUGUAAAGUGGGGGUUCUUAAGUCAAGAUAAACUACAUGCUUUCCUACUUACAGGUCGUUGGCUCCACCACUAUAAAUAUAAAUUGAGAAUAGCUUUUGGUAACAAGUUCUUCAAUCAUCUCGACACUUAAAGUUAAAAUCAAUCAAUCAAUCAAUCAAUCUCAAUGUGAUGUACUCCCAUCACAAUGAAUCUUCCCUUCUGCCCCUCCUCUAAUCUCCACAAUUACAGUCAGCCUUGUCCGCGACAUUUCGAGCACACUCCGCCAGGUCGCGUAUGCAAACCGACAGCCAAGUAUGAGGGACCCUGUCCAAACUCGGAAACGUAUGACUUCUCAAAGUUCAACGCGAUGAUGCUGGCAAAGUGGGAAGCUAAGUGUAAAGCUCUGUUUCUGUAAGUAAAAGGCAGGUGGAUGUUGAUGUGACGUCGACGAAGAGUUACUGUUGCCGAUGGCAUUCUAAUUCUUGUUCCAAGAAGCUGCUCAUUAGGAUAAAGGCGGGGUAAUAGAAUUAGAAAACAGGCAUCUGUUGCUCGUUAUUUUUCAUUUUGUACUAGGUGGUUCUUUUUUGGAGGCCUACGCCUAAUUACCUAGGGUCGUUGUAGCAAAAGUCAAUGACUCCUUUUUGUAUGUUAAAAUUGUUUCUCUGUGUAAUUAUAUCCGCCGAGCUCAAAGUGAAUGUGGGGAUGAGUUCUUGUUUCGUUUUGAAGGUUGUUGAAGAAAUUUUCGAAAGCACACACUGAGAAAGAGACGGUGACGCACCUUGAUUUUGCAUAGAUGAAGCAACGUGAGAAUCUUGACAAAAAGAUCAACAGAGAUGAAUAAUGCAGGAGCCACAUGAU